CUGUGUCCCGCUGGGCUCACAUAACUGUUCAGUUUCCACAAACAACAACGUUUGCAGCAUGUCUGGAGUAACUGCUUGCAACAUAAUGGGAAGGUUUGAGCGAUGCGCGCCAUUCUGUAUUUACGUGGCGUUUGCUCGCGCGCUGCGUCGCUGAUCAAAAGUCUCGUGCAGUCCUGACGAUAAAAACCGUCGCCUCGCUUGACAGCAAGAGUUAUUACGUCAGCGUGGAAACGGGGUCAGGGUGGUAAACGUAAAGUUUUGAGUGUUGUAUUUAACUCUUCGAGAUGGCGGGGGACAUUACAGAGACAGGGGAGCCUUACUCACCUUUUGUUGGUCUGGUGUUUAUGUUCAAUCUGAUUGUCGGCACCGGUGCCCUGACGAUGCCCAAGGCUUUUGCAACAGCUGGUUGGGUAGUCAGCUUGUCCCUCAUCUCAUUUUUGUCUUUUAUGAGUUUCAUGACCACCACAUUUGUUAUUGAAGCCAUGGCUGCUGCCAACGCCCAGCUGCGCUGGAAGAGGAGAGAACAGGAAAAGAUCGAUGACAGUGACUCCAGCUCGGACGAUUCAGAUGACGAGGUCAGUAACCAUGGAUGGUCAGAACCCGCAGAGACGCGGCCCAUUCUCUCAGUCCAGCGUGCCGCCAAUGUAGACCACUUUGACAUUGUCGAGAGAGUCGAGAUGGGACAAAUGGCCUCCAUGUUUUUUAAUAAAGUUGGUGUCAACAUGUUCUACAUCUGCAUCAUCGUGUACCUGUAUGGAGAUUUGGCCAUUUAUGCCGCUGCUGUACCAGUAUCUCUUAUGGAAGUAGCUUGUGGGAAUUUCUCAUGCAGUGCAGGGAGUGUGAAAUACAAUGAUACAGACUCAUGCUGGGGACCCGUAAGACGUAAAGACGCCUACAGAGUGUUUCUGGCUGUCUUCACACUGUGUUUGGGGCCAUUCGCCUUUUUCAAUGCACAGAAGACCAAAUACCUCCAGAUCCUCACGUCUGUCAUGAGAUGGAUUGCAUUUACCAUGAUGAUAAUCCUGGCUUUGAUCCGUAUCAGCAAGGGGCACGGUGAGGGCCACCCACCUGUGGCACAGAUCUCAGGCGUGCCCAACCUCUUUGGGGUUUGUGUCUACUCUUUCAUGUGCCAGCACUCCCUGCCUUCACUUGUGACGCCCAUCUCCAAUAAACGACGCAUGAGCAUCCUGGUCAUGGCCGACUACAUCCUCAUCCUGUGCUUCUACAGCCUUCUAUCCUUCACAGCUAUCUUUUGCUUCGAUAGCUCCCUGUUGCGUGAUAUGUACACGUUAAAUUUCACAGAUAACUGUGACGUACUGGGAAUUCCAGUGUUGCGCUACUUCCUGGGUCUCUUCCCGGUCUUCACCAUUAGCACCAACUUUCCCAUAAUAGCUGUCACUCUACGCAACAACUGGAAAACACUCUUCCACCGGGAUGGCGGCACCUACCCUUGGGUGGUGGACCGCAUUGUGUUCCCACUCAUUACUCUGGUGCCGCCCAUCAUUGUGGCGUUUUGUACCCAUGAUCUAGAGGCACUUGUGGGUAUCACUGGGGCGUAUGCCGGCACGGGCAUUCAGUAUAUCAUCCCAGCUUUCCUCGUAUACUUAAGUCGGCGUCAUCUAGAGCCUGUGCUCGGAAGGGAUGCCGUAAAUAAACACAGGUCACCGUUCCGGCACACAUUCUGGGUGUGGUUUGUGGUAUUGUGGGCAACGUUCUGUCUAAUGUUUGUUACGGCUAAUAUUAUCCUUACCGAAACCAAGAACUGAAUAUAAAUACAUUUUCUCUCUCACUCAUUCGAAACGUUGUUGUUUUUUCCUGUGUCAUUCUUAGGUGGGUGAAUCUCAUGAAAAAAACUGCAUAUUUCACACCAAAAAACAAAACAAAGUAUGAAAUAUAUAUUGAAAAUAAAGCCUAUUUUUAGGACCAUUAAAAUGUUAUGCAAUGUGACAUUAUUUUUGACAAUUGAGCACAUUUCUCUCUCCAAAUAUUAAUUAUUGUAAUUAAUCCAGUUGAUUUACUUUACAUUUUUGGUACUUACAAUUCUCAUAGAUUCUCAUUAUUGUAAUGUUUUUCUUUUUUUUCAUAUAAAAAAAUUACUAUGAUACAAUUAUUAUUUUAAUUAAAAUGAACAUUAUUCAAAGGCAGUGAAACAAAUAUUGUACUACACUGAUGUAUAAAUACUCUACAGUGUAGUUAAAGCAUCCUUUUGUUUUAAUAACAGUAAUGUUUAGCUUUACAGUAAUGCCUGUUUGUAGGAAAGGGGUGCUUAAUUGCCAAAAACAAUGUCACAAUGCAAACAUUUUCAUUUUCUUUUAAUUCAGUUUCUUAUUUCUUUCUUUUGAUUUUGGGGUAAAAUAUGACAGGUUUUGUGAGAAUUACCCAGUCGCCCUCUGAUCUUAGGGAGACACAGUGAGCUGUCAAAACAAUAUACAGCCUAGAACAAGUAUACCAAAAUUAUUCAUAAAGCAAAUACAAACAGAUCUGACAAUGAACGUUCCUUUGUUUUGUCUUCCAAACCUUGGCUCCUUCUGAGAUAAUUACAGAUGGUUAGUGCUUCACGGCUGGCAUUUUCAGUUCUCCUAACUGGUGGCUGACACCUCGCCGUGUCUCCUGCGGUGACUGAUGGUGACACAAGCGCAUCGGUUGUCUGAAUAAUGCGUUCAGACCUUGAGUUCAGCCUCCGUUCAUCAGCAGAUUGAUAGAGGCACUGAAUCAUUCCAUAUGUUCUCCAUGUACUGACAUCCUGCUGGUCUCUCAAAUGGACCCUUUGGGAGACAGGAGUGGAAGACAAUCUAGAUAUUGAAUGGAUGCAUCUGCCUCGUGAUCUAUAGAGACAAUAUGGAGCACCUUAUCAUGCCUAGGAGGAGACCCUCGUCUAUACAUGUGUGUCAGUUAUCAAUGUAAAGAGCAACUUACUCUAUGAAAUGAGUCACUUUAAUUCUGACGAAAUUGUCUGGCUUGAAUUCGAAGCCAAAUGUAUGGCAGCUGAUUUCCGCCCUUCCUUGCGUAUUCCACGUUUUGAUACGUUCUGUUGGCUACUUUAAAUGUAAUUUUAUUGGGAUUUCAUAUGGAGAUUUUCUUUUUGAGUUUUUGUUUUCGUGUUGUCACAAAGCUCAUUUGUUUGUCAAUUAACUUGAUUUCCUUUGUGUUUUAGACAGCAGUUGAUUUGUUUGAUCAUCAGUGACUUGUUUGGCACUAUAAACUGAUUGCUGCUCUCUAUGAGAGUGCUGCCACCUGAUUUAAAUGAAAGUGGCUUCAAAACCGAGACUGAAAACCAAAACCCAAGGCAUUCUGUCUCUACUUUGGCUUUGUGUUCAAACGGAUAUUGAGUUUUAGGGAAGUUUUGUGGACAGAACGGAAAUCUCUUUUUCUAUUCAGUUCUUACUCUGAUACUAUUUUCUACAAACAUUAAACUGUAAAUUAUUGUAAUUGGAGAUUACAUGCAUUGGCAUUCAUGUCUCCCUAUUAAGCACAAAAAAGUCAUUUCGCUUGUGUGAAAUAUUACCAAAUUAUGCUUGUGUAAUAUGUAAUAUGUCAAUUAAACAAAUGUGCCUUCUUUCCAGGGAUCUUCAUAUGUUUACCUGAAUGGUUAUAUCUCUCUUUCUGAUUUUUCUGUAAUAUCAAAAUGUCUUUCAUGCCCGGCUUUGUGUAGCCCAUCAAAAAUACUUGCAUGUAAGUCUCUUCAGAUACAUGACAAUCACUGUCUACCACCGUCUUGUUACAAUUAACAUGGGAAUAAACAUGAAUUACACUUUGGUCCUUGA